AUGGCGGCCACCUGCGCCCCAAGCCGACCGGCAACUACAACCUCUGGUGGUACCAAUUUCGACGCGUUUGCUCGUGCCUCGAGUCACGAGCAUCAAUGUCAAUCUUCAGAUGCGGAAGCGAGUGUGGCAUUUUCCAGCUUGGACGGACAACAUUUUGAAACUGUACCUCCGGAGGUAUUUUCUGGACCUUCGGAGCAGUGCAACCGACCCACAACUAGCCCCAUUCAUGGAACAAGACAGCAACGAAGCAGAUUCAAAAUAAAUCCGACGCUUCUGACCAUGACGGAUGACGAGGAUGAUCAAAGCAACAUUUUCCGGGACGAGAUGAAGAAGUCGCUGCCUCCCGUUGAAGAUACCGAAGGAAAUGAAGAGCAUUCAUUCUGCUCGGUAGAACAGGACCUUCCCCGACCCCAGACGACGCCUUUUUUGCUGUGUCACUCUACGUCCUUCCGACGGUCUACUCGAGGGGGACAUACUAGUAAGACGACCAGCAAAUCCUUUG